UCCACCCCUCUAACCACCUCAUUCACCAUCGCCAUGACGAUCGAAGUGUACGCCCACGAACUCCUCCGCCUAACGGUGGAUGACUUGGGGGAUGAAAUCCUUGUUGGGAUUAAAGAUCCGGAGAACCAAACUGAGGAACAUCUAGCACAUUUACGAAAACUUGUUGACCAGCGCGCCGAGAAAGAUCAGUCGCGGCCCAUAGACGCGGGCGAACUUGGGGACCGAUUAGGCCGUCUUUCUUCGAGAGUGUCACCCCCAGCCCCGGGCUACCGCUCGUCGUCCGCUUCGACUAUCGACCCGGAGAAAGAUAAAGAGGAGGGCUGGCAAGAGGAAGUGGAAGCCUAUCAUGCUUUAGUGGCCGAAGGAGGUCGACCGUCUCAUCCUGUGACUUUCGGGUACGACGUGAUAGACAACCCCGAAGAGUAUGAGCAGUAUAGAGACAUCCUCUGGUUUUGGCAUUCUCAAUAUGGCGGGUAUUACGCUGAAUUCCGUUAUCAACUCAUUGAGUGGAGGGAAUUCCGGGAAUAUCAAGAUCGAAAGCGGAGAUAUUACGUCCCACGAAAUCGGCUUCAAGAGUACGAAACCCUCAUUCGGGAAAGUCAAGCAGACGCAGGAUGCAAAUGGGAUCUCCCAGUGCUGGAGGACCGACACCAGCAGAACCGGUUGGAGGACUGGAACGAGUUUCGUGCGUUCUACUACCGGAGGCUCAAAGCAUAUGAGAAACUGGUCGCGCCGGCGAAGCAGAACCUAUUGCUCAGAGAGAAGCAAUUGAAGGAUGCCCAAUCACGACUGACCGAUGUCAUCAGCGAUCCUCAAGUUCUGAGCGCUCGAAUAGGGGACAUUGUGGCCUCGAGACGAGCGAUUGCCGAGGCGAACUCGAGAGUGGAAUCAGCAGAGAAAGAAUUAGAGGCCGCACAACGAAACAAAUCAAAGAAAGAGACCGCGCUAAUUGAAAUAGCGCAACAGAAACUCCAUUCUGCAGGAGAUAACCUGAAGCAGGUAUCUGGAUCUGAAGAAAUGAGGAGACUCCGUGAUGGCUCUGAACUACAAUGCGCUGAGGAGGUCGUGGUUAUAGCUGGAGCUGAGCUAAGGGCGGCGCAGCUCGAUGUCAAGAGAUGGGAAGUGUUUGUGAAGUGGAUCGACGCCCAAUAUCCCGCCAUCGCGGCCGAAUGCGGAUAUAUUAACAAUGACAGCAGGAACAAUGUGACCCAACGUUUCGGGGGAAUUGGCCGGAAGCAGACACUGCGUGCUCGGCCGCAUCGGCGAAAAGAUGUAGAGACCAAGUCUGUUCUCAGUCCAUAUUCUUCCUCUAGGAUCUCGAAGUCGUCAAAGAGAAAGCCGGAUCGCACAAGGCAGGUCAUACGCGCUCAGAUUCUAUCACCGAGCACAACACAGCAACAUCCUGUUGAAAAGCCUAUCCCCCGUCGCCGAAGCGAACGAUUGCAACCGUCCAAGGACCGCCAAACAAGGCAAGUCCCUAAUAUGAAUGUUCUACAUUCCGUUCGUUCUGCGAAAGUCACUAAGACUCCGAAACGAGAUGUGACCUCUGGACAACAAUCUACACAGAGGGGGCGUCCGAUCGCCAAAAGAAGUCCCGGAACGAAACAGACUGCCACGAGUAGAAACAGUACCUUACGCAAAAGCCAGCGGUUAGUGGCACAGCACGGACACUGCGGAUUUCAGUAAUAUGAAUAUUUUCACUCGGUUUGCUGAACUAUCGAAGAGGGACCCAAAUGGUUCUUAAUAGGAAACAAAUAGCGGUGAAAGAGGCAUUCGUUUGACGUCUUGAGGCAUCCUAUAUUAUAGUUGGUUGCCUUCUGAACAAAGUUCAGCAAGUGGGCUCGGUGGCUAUAGCUCAGCGCACUGACUUUGAGCGAUGACAUUUGCUUCAUCAGCUGUUGCAGUGGCUUGCUUCUGCGAGGGUUAGGCGUUUCCACAGGUUGCUGCUGUGCUGGAGUUGUCCGCGGUGUUAGGGAAGAUCACAAGCAAACCCGCGCAGGCACCCGUGGGGGCUAACAGACUGGGGAUGAAGGGGAAGGAAGGUUUGCCGAGUUGUAACAACAGAGGGGAGAAUUAUUCCAAUGGUUUCGAGUCGUCUGGAGGCUGGCUCCUGACCUCUUUUUGUGUAGCCUUCGUCGAAAUAACUGUUUCAUAAAUAGGCAG